UUCCCCCCAGGUCCGGAACCCGGAGGGCCCGGAUGAGGUCUUCCACAGAAUAUUCGGUUCGGUCCUUUAAACUCACCGUUAAACUCACCGGCUGCCCCGUCGGCCGACGCGGAUGUCGCGCGCAUUUAAGAGUGAUCCCGUCCGGCUUUCCGUAGUCCACUUCCGCGUUUCUCAGUGUGCGUGUGUGCUGGUUUCGCGGUCAGGCCGCCGCUGUCGAUAAUCCCCCAAGUACCGAGCCGGAGCGGAGCGGAGCGGGAGCCGGAGCCGGAGCGGAGCAGAGCGGAGCGGGAGCGGGAGCCGGAGCGGGAGCCGCGACCCUGGAGCUGCGCUAUGAGCACGCUGUGGAUGGGCAACUUGGAGUCCUACAUGGAUGAGAAGUUCAUCACCAGAGCCUUCGGCACCAUGGGCGAGCAGGUGAAGAACGUGCGGAUCAUACGGAACCGCAUAACGGGGGGCCUUUCGGGGUACUGCUUUGUGGAGCUGACGGACGAGGCCACCGCCGAGCGAUGUCUCCGCAAAGUCAAUGGGAAAGUAUUACCAGGAGCCAACCCGCCCAGAAGAUUCAAGUUAAAUCGUGCCAGCUUUGGGAAACAAGCAGAUGAACAAGUGUACUCCCUGUUUGUGGGAGACCUUACACCAGAUGUUGAUGAUGGCAUGCUUUACGAGUUCUUCUACAACCGCUAUCCUUUGUGUCGUGGUGGGAAGUUGGUGCUGGAUAGCGCGGGCAACUCCAAAGGGUGUGGGUUUGUUCAGUUCCCAGAUGAGAAACUGCAGAAGCGGGCGCUAGAGGAGUGUCAGGGGGCCGUGGGACUCGGGGGCAAGCCUCUCCGACUAAGCCUAGCAGCCAACAAGCAUCGGCAGUAUCAGGUAGACAACAGAUCGUGGCAGUCAAGCCCGAGAGGAUACACAGCAAGCUACCAUCAGUACAACCCGCACCAGCAGAACUCGUACUCGGACUAUUACUCAAACUGGGGCUAUGACCAUAAUGGAGCAAAUUAUGGUUACAACUAUAACCAGUAUGACUACACACAGUAUCCGCAGCAGUCUGAGGAAGUUGAGGCUGUUCAGUAUGAUGAUGGUCUAGAAGAUCCUAACCCGGUGCUGAAUGUGCUAGAAGCUAACAAGAUGUUCAUGGAGCUCAGCGAGGAGCUGUAUGAUGCACUUAUUGAAUGUCACUGGCAGCCGCUGGAUGUCUCCACAGAACAGGACUGUCUAACGUCGGACUCCAGCCCACCAGAGCCCAUUUACUGUUAAGACUAGAUGGCCUCUCGCUAGUUCUUGUCUCAGCUUUUUUUUUUUUCCUUUCAUUUGUUCUAUCACUCUGGCCUUUUCUUUGCUGUUGCUUUGGAUUUGGAUAGCAUGUAUUAUUAUUGUUAUUAUUAUUAUUAGAACAAAAAGCAAAGCAAGUCAUCUAUGUGAAAUUUAAGAUAUCCUUAUUCAAGACUAGGUAGUAAUGCUGUAGAUUAUAGACCAUUCAUUCCACAGAAAUAACUAGUGUGUGUGUGAAAUAGAUGUAGUAACUGAACUAUGAGGAGUGGUCAUUACUGACGAACAUGAGUGUGUCCAGUUUGCUUCCUUGUCAUCGUUAUGAUGUGGUGUAAAUAUAAUCUCCAUCAAACACUGUGUGGGAAACGGUCACAAAUCACAUUGUACCAAACAGUAAGUAAAGUGAAUAUUGAAUGAGGGGAACAUAACCAUGCUCGAGAUGGCACCACCUUCAUAUUCACCUUAUAUUCCAGUUGAACAGCUGAUUACUAUUUGUCCCUGCCACACAAAGCGUUCAAAUACUUGUUCGGUGCAAUGUGCUUAGUACAUGUAUCCACACAGUGUUUGAUGUCGAUUAUAUUUAAUAUCACAUGAUAACAACAAGGGAGCACACCAGAGAUCCAGAAAAGCCUCUUUUUCACUCACAAUAGUCACCGUUCAUCAAGCUCAGUUACAUGUAUUUUACUUAUUUAUUACUCGGUUAUUUCUGUGUAAUGCACGGCCUGUGGUUUAAAGCAUCCAACACUAUCAAUCUGCGUAAGUCUUAGUUGUCAGGUAUUUUGAAUACACAAUUCUGCUGUGUAACUAAUGACAACCUCUUACACAUUGUUUACUUGUAAAGGUAUGGCAACAUAAUUUGAGUGCAAAGUGGACAAACAAUUUAUAAUUUGAUGUUCUUCUCAAAAAGAAAUAAGUGCAGCUUAGUGAUGUGCCAAUGAUUUGUGUUACUAAGUUGUAUUCUGUGUCUUGCUGGGCCUUAUCAGAAUAUUACUGUACAGGUGUUUUUGUAAUGUGUGUAAGGUGGAUUAGAUUUUUGUCAGAAUUUCACUCAUACCAUUCCGAGAUAUUGAGCUGACUCACCCUGUUGUCGCUUGCUCAUGCAAAUAGCUAUUGGUUAUAAGCCAACUCGUUGCCUAAACCUGUUAUUAAUUCUGUAAUGGACAUCAGCACAUUUCAGUAUCUUCAUUUUUUGUUACUUUGAAAAUAAAUUUUUUUCUA